CGUCUUGAGAACGUCCACAAGACGUUCCUUAGAGAUAUGUGCUGUCGAGAUAUUAAUACGUCAAAAUGUGCAAACAAGGAUUAUUUCUUUUAAACAUUAUGAUGUUUGAUUGAUAUUCCCACAAAUGUUCACUAGAUAUCUUAAGAACGUUCUAAAAAUACUUGAAUAUUCUUAGAAUGUUGUUAAGAUAUCUAUUGAAUAUUUGUGUUGUAUGGGUUAUUUUGUUAUAGAGUCAAAGUCUGUGUAUAUCAUAAAUCAUAUUUAUAAACAUUUAGUAAAGAUUUGUAGAUCUUCGUGUGUUAUGUUAAUCAUUACCUAACAUAACUUUUUAAUAAUAUUGUCAUAAAACAAUUAAGAUGCUGAGUUUUAAUCAUAAGUAAUGUGUUGACGGACUGUAAAUUGAAAUUUUGCAGGUACUGACAUUUUCUACGAUCGUUCAAUGUAUAGUACAGAAAGUACGAUCAGCUGUUACAUCAACUACCGCUUCACUUUGGGAGAAAAUAGUGAUUGUUACUGUUAUUUUGGCAAAAACUAAUGUUAUAACGCACAUUUUUUUAUCAGUGCAAAAAGUUCAACGAAACAAGCUUUUUAUUUUCUUGAUGACACUUGCCUCCGAAAUCAAAACAAUUAUCAGUCCAAUAUAGGUUAAUCUAGUCAUAGAUUGACAUGUUCCGAUGAGAUCUAAAUUCUUGUAGUAUUUAUUAGAGUUGUCUUUUAUUAUUUACAUUAAGUCAGUAAUAUGACUUCGAAAUCCGAAAUCACGUUAGAACAUUUUUAUAUUUUUAACGGCACGUAUGCGAAAAAAGAAGGAGAGGAACAAAAUAAAAUAUUGUAUUAUUAUCCGGAAAAGGAUGUGGAAGUUCAAAUCAAGAAUAUAGGACUCAGUGAAGCAAUAAUCAAAUUUACAGAAUCUUUUAAUCCCGGACAACCAUGUGAUUAUUGCCAUACACACAAAACACGUCAAAUAUAUUAUCAACCAGAACCUAACUUUUGGAUGGUAAUGAUUGUCGGUAUCCCCUAUAUUUACAAAGAGCGAGAUGGUAAUAAGUAUCAAAAUGAUGAGGUGUCCAGUAGCGUAUGUCAAGCUAUAUUAAAACAAACCUACAUGAUGUUCAGGUUAUUCAUGGGUUCCUUUGAAACCAUUAUUAAUGAUCCUGAUUGUGGGUCUGUGAUAUUGCUGAAACAUAAACUGGAACAUUUUUAUUCGCGAUACCUGCAUUCAUUAAAGUUAAGUAAUAGCGAUAUUUUAGAUGUUUUUCAAGGAUUACAAUUUUUACCUCUGGAUAAGAUUACAUUUCUUAGAGUACAAUGUUUUAUGAAUCUUGUAGAAGCUAUGUUUACACAAGUGAAAUAUACAGCUUUUCUUUAUAACGAUCAAGUUGUUUGGAGUGGAUUAGAACCUGAAGAUAUGCAAGUGGUAUAUAAUUACUUAGUAAACACUAUCUUACCGGCUCACUUGGAGAAAGAAUUGCAUGGAGGUUCGAUGCCCAGGAAUUCUCCUUCGCCGUUUACAACUUCGCAUUAUGGAAAAUUUGUUACCGGACCUGCGAGUGUUAAUGAGCCGAGUCUAAUUGGAAAAUCACCCAAAGUUUUUAUCAAUUAUUCCACCAAACCUGUAUCAUUAUAUUUAGUGGUAUAUCGGGCAUUGAGCGCUACUAUAUGUCUCUUUGUUGAUAGGAAAACUAGUUUGUUGAUAGACUUUUUUAAAAGCUUAGACAGCUUUUUGGGCCCGCAAUUAACUACAUUAGUCAGUUCAGUAGCUGAACAAUGUACUAAACAUGUAAUAGUGACGCCGGAAUCUUCUAGCACAAAGUACCUGUAUUUUAACAAGCUAAAUUUAGCAUAUAAAAGUACAAUACAUCUGGACAACAGACGUUGCUCUAACGUACUUACGACACCAGAAGUGCUGAGAAUUAUCACGGACAUAUACAAUGACACAAAUAGAUUGAAUGAGGCUGGUGAAAUAAUUAUAAAGACUAUGAGUGAUUACUGGAUUAUCGCAAAAUUGUCCAAUCUGAGAGAAUUCUUUGUUGUUAUACAACAAAAAAGUGCAAGUAUCAUAGAGAUUGAUGACGAAGUGAAGAGGCUCUGUGAGAAACAAUUGAAAAGCAUCUUUUUCCAUUGACAAGUGUAUUGAUAAAAGAUGAGAUAUCGAACGUCAUUUCGUCGUUUUCAUGAUUAUUUUUUUUUUUAGGACCAUCGCAUAUGUAAUAACAUAGAUGCAUAUGUAUAAUAUAAAAUCAAAUGGAUCAAUGAAUAUUAAGUCGUCAUAUUAAUGCUCAAUGCUUAAUAUUCGAUGCUUAUUGGUAUUUGUCUUAUUGGUUACAAUCUUAUGCAUAUGUAGUUAUGUUAUUUCAUGUGCGAUAGGGCGGACCAUUGUACACAAAAUGCAUAUGCAUAGCUGCAUAUAUAACAUAAGACUAUUUCGACCAAUUCUUUGCAAAUCAACUGGCUACUUAGAUAUUCACUGGUCGAGACGACUUAUGCUAUGCAUAUACAGCUUAUGUUAUGUAUAUGUAUUUUGUGUGUAUUGAGCCAUAGUCUUUACGAUUGAACAAGUUUUUGUUCCAUCCCGCCGAUUAUUAACAAGCAAUAUACAUUCUGUGAAAUAAAUAAUUAUACUUGAGUAAAUCCUAAUUGCACUAAUCAGAUAUGAGCUAAUAUUGGAUUAGUUAAAUUUAAUUUAAUUCAAUUAAACUCUGACUUAAUUCACGAUUAUUACGUAUACAAUUGGAACAACUUCUUACAACUACAGGAAGUUGUACAAUUUAUACGUAUUAUGUGAUAUAAAAUAUGAAAAGUGCUUCGAACACAUUUUAAAAAUAUUAUUUACUAUAAUGGAAACUUAAGCAUACCUUGCUGCUUAAGAUCUCUGUGACAUACUUCUUGUCCACAACCUUGCUUUAAUUCUUAAGCCAUAAGAAAUUGACCAACCAGAGUUCAUUAUUUUUAAAAUAAUCGACUGUGGUUGAUCAAUUUAUUACAGCUUAAAGAUUAAAGCAAGGUUGUGGACAAGAGGAUAGUAUUGUAUGGGUGACUUAUAAAUAAUUAUUUUACGCAAGAGUUACCCUAGGAGAUAACAAUAUCAUGUCAUUUUAUUAUAAAUAUAAAUGAUAUAUACAUUAUAUGUAAAUCAUAUAGCUAUUGUAAAAAUCUAUUAAAAAUUUUAAUCAGA